CCAUUUUGUGGCAAAACAAUGCGCGAAAAACACAAACAAGGCUCACAUACCCAUACGCAAAAUUAUUUUUCCCCUGUGGAGCCUUGGGUAGUUCGGUUGAAUUGUUGUCCUAUACAAUUUCUGCGUCGCCCUACUUGACAGUUACAUGGAGCAAGGACGAAGUGAAGCUUGUAUUUUUCAUUUCUUCCCGAGAGUGUUCAUUGAAAAUAUACUUUAUAAACGUGAAACCGGUGCAUGGUGUUCAGAACAAAACUUAUUUUGCCAUGUAAUGGAGGCCACCGACAGCGAAUCUCGGUCAAAGUAAUUUUACAUCUCUCGCCAAGUGAAAGUGCAAGCAGUUUUCAAAGGUUCUUCUAGGCAUGUGCAAAAAUAAUACCACAAGUUAUUGAAGUGAGCGAAUCAAUGGUGAAAUUAAAAUUAAUUUCUCAACAAAUCUCAGUGAAAUUCACUAAUAAAACCCAAAAAUAUGUAUUUCAUAAAAAUAUUGAGUUAAACAAAUUUUCAUUUUUUAAACGUAACUAAUUUCCAUCAGAUUGUGUUGGCACUUGGCAGCUAACAGACAACAUACAACAUAACCAUGCCCAUGCUCAUGAACAAUUUCUAUCAGUUCGUUGCAAUAGUGUCGGUGUGCACGUUGUGCUAUUACAACAGUGCCUCAUGCGACCUGGUGUUUGACGAUAUAAGUGCUGUAAAGGAUAACAAGGAUUUGCGUCCAUCAACCCCGCUGAAAAACAUCUUUCUCAACGACUUUUGGGGAACGCCAAUGCGCAAAGAGCAAUCACAUAAAUCGUAUCGGCCGUUGACUGUAUUAACUUUUCGGUGGAACUACUUGAUUCAUCAGCUGGAGCCCGCUGGUUACCAUGUUGUAAAUGUCAUCUUGCAUGUGAUAGUGUGCAUUCUGUUCAAACGGGCAUGUAAAAAGCUAUGGGUUGGAGUUGUGGGAGGGGGAGGACAAAAAAUGAGUUUUGUGUCAUCGCUUUUGUUUGCUGUGCAUCCAGUGCAUACUGAGGCAGUCACAGGUGUUGUCGGCCGGGCUGAACUUUUGUCAUCGAUUUUCUUCCUUGGAGCAUUCCUCUGCUACGCCAAAGCAGCUAAAUCAAUACACUCCACCCGAUGGCUAUCUUUAAAUUACUUUGGAGUAUGCCUUCUGUGCUCAAUGCUGUGUAAGGAGCAGGGUAUCACCAUUGCCGGAAUUUGUGCUGCUUAUGAAGUUUUUAUUGUUCAAAAGAUUCGACCAAUUCAAAUCCUGGACAUAAUAAAAAAUCUAUUUGAAGAAAAAAAGAAGAAUACAACAAAUCAUGAUGAUACUACUACACCUGCUCUUAAUGCAACCCUGAUAACAAGACUUAGUUUCUUGGUUUCAAUAACUUUCAUCUUGUUAGUGGGACGUCUGUAUGUUAUGGGGUCUCAGUUGCCAGUGUUCACCAGAUUCGAUAACCCGGCAUCUGCAGCCGAAACGCCAUCACGCCAGUUAACCUUUAGCUAUCUUAUCUACCUCAAUUGUUGGUUGUUGGUGUUCCCUUGCAAUCUCUGCUGCGAUUGGACAAUGGGUACUAUUCCUCUAAUCGAAGGUUUCAACGACAUUCGUAACCUGACAACUAUAGUAACAUUCGUAGUUUUAUUUUCAAUCGGCUUAAACGGUAUAAUGACAAAAAGUAGACAACACUCGAAAGUUAUUAUUAUGAGUCUUGCUUGGAUGUGUUUCCCUUUUUUGCCUGCAUCGAAUCUCUUUUUUCCUGUGGGAUUUGUAGUUGCUGAGCGGGUCCUGUAUAUGCCAUCAAUGGGGUUUUGCAUGCUUCAAGCAUAUGGAUUACACAAUCUUUCGAAAAAAACAAAACGUUUUGCCGAAGUCAUUCUCUUUGUGUUAUUGUUUAGUCAUGGUUAUAAAACUUAUGUUAGAAACAAAGAUUGGCAAACAGAAUAUUCACUUUUUAUGUCCGGACUUAAAGUGAAUAACCGAAAUGCAAAGCUCUUCAACAACGUUGGACAUGCUCUUGAAAACGAAGGCAAAUAUCCAGAUGCUUUAAUAUACUUCCAAAAGGCUGUAAGCAUACAACGGGAUGACAUUGGAGCUUACAUAAAUGUUGGAAGAACUUACAACCAUUUAAAGAUGUACAAAGAAGCAGAGGAAUCGUAUUUAAAGGCGAAGAGUUUAUUUCCCAAGAUCAAGCCGGGUGAAUCAUAUCAAGCUCGAAUUGCUCCAAACCAUUUAAAUGUCUUUAUUAAUCUUGCCAAUUUGAUUUCAAAAAAUAAAACUCGUUUAGAAGAAGCGGAUCAUUUGUACAAACAAGCCAUAAGUAUGAGAGCCGACUAUGUCCAGGCAUACAUAAAUCGUGGUGAUAUCUUGAUGAAGCUGAACAGAACAAAUGAGGCCCAAGAAGUUUAUGAAAAGGCUCUGCUUUACGAUAAUGAAAACGCUGAUAUUUAUUAUAACCUAGGUGUAGUUUUUUUAGAACAAGGGAAAUCCUCGCAAGCAAACGUUUACUUCAAUAAAGCAAUAGAACUGGCCCCAGACCAUGAACAGGCUCUUUUAAAUUCAGCUAUACUUUUACAAGAGCUUGGCGGAAAAGAACAUAGACAAAUUUCACGCGAAAGACUUUUUAAAAUACUCAAAAUGGACCAAAAUAAUGAACGUGUGUUUUUCAAUCUUGGAAUGCUAGCAAUGGACGAAAACAAUUUUGAAGACGCCGAAAAUUACUUUAAACGCGCAAUUCACAUAAAAAACGAUUUCCGUAGCGCAUUGUUUAAUUUAGCGUUAAUGUUGGCUGAUGCUCAUCGUCCUCUUGACGCGGUACCGUAUCUAAAUCAAUUAAUCCGGUUUCACCCAAAUCACAUCAAGGGUUUAAUUCUUCUCGGUGAUAUUUAUAUAAAUCAUAUGAAAGAUUUAGACGCAGCAGAAGUUUGUUAUCGCAGUAUCCUUCGUUAUGAGCCGCACAAUAUUCAAGGACUGCAUAAUUUAUGUGUAGUUUUCGUAGAAAGAAGGAAGCUUGCUAAAGCACUGAAAUGCCUUACCUACGUUCAUCAUAUGGCUCCCGGUGAGGAAUAUAUCUUGAAACAUUUGAAAAUCGUCCAAGUGCGUCUGACAAAAAUCAACAAAUUUCCUGAUUCAUCACCAGAAAAACAACUUGCUUUAUCCGAUAAAGAUUCAGAUGAGUUUGAUCUGCCCAAUUUGAGAUCCGCGCCAACAACAGUUCCAGUUAUUUCAACAACGAACCGAUCAACAAAUCCAAAGCCAGCCAGAUCAUCUUUAUAGCAAAGCAUUAAAAAAUAAUUAAAAUUGAUAACUCACUAGAUUUGCAUGGCUUGCAGCUUUUAUGUAUUUUCUGUGAAAUAAUCAAAUCUGUAAUAUACCCCAUUAGCCGUAAUUUUUUAUUCCGUGUGAGACUUCAAGUACUUAAUUAAAUUUAUUCAAUAUUGUUAGAAUCAAAUUUUAGUGUACAAAUAUUGUAGACAAAUAUUUUCUACUGUUUUACAGUUAUUUUCAUCGUGUUAUGCAAUAUUUUUUAAUAUACAUAAUUUUUAUAAACAUUAUAAAUAAUAUGUAUUCAAAUUUUAUAUAUUUUGAUCUUGUUGAUUUAAAAAUUUUUAAUAUAAAAUAUUUUGAUGAUUGGAGUAAAGAUACUUGUUGUAGCUAUAUACCAGUGUUCAUAAACACUUUAUGAUAUUAUAUUAUUAUAUACGUAAGUUCUUUAAGUCUAAGAAUAAUAUUAAUUUUUAUUAAAGGAAUUUUGGAAUCGGUAUUCUUAAUUUAUAUUAAAACAAUUAUACAAAAAUUAAAAACGAAAACCACAUUGAAGCAAAGAAAAUAUAAAGUGAUUUUCUCUAUUUUCAAACAAAUCUUAGCGUUUCAAAUAUAACAAAGUUCUUAGAUUACUUUACUUUUUUAAGACAAAAUAUUUUUAAAAAAGUAAGUAUAAGGUGGAAGCAGAAUUAUGUAGACUAGUCUUUUU